UAAAUUUACGCCGUACAGCGUCAUCUAGCGUUCACAUUCAAGAACCACUAUAAACAGCUGUAUUUGAAAUGUAAAUAAACAAAGAUAAACUCCGCAUAUUUUCUCGAAAAUGAUAAACACGGUUUUGUCGCUUUUAGGGGUUGGUCUGUUAUGGGGCGCAACGAAUCCUUUCAUACGUCUUGGUAGCGCAGGCAUUGACAAUGUGGACACUGGAUCUCGAUGGCUUAAUCUAUGGCAGGAGCUUCGUAUGAUAGGCACAAGACUCCAUUACUGGAUACCGUUUCUGUUAAAUCAAUUGGGCAGCGUUUUAUACGUGUGGACCCUGCAACACAUCAACAUAACCAUAGCUGUACCAGUGGCAAAUUCAUUGGGCUUUGCUUUUACAGCUCUUACGGGGUAUUUAUUGGGAGAAAAACUGCCCGGAAAAUCGGUCAUGAUCGGUACCCUAUCGGUCUGCUUUGGCAGUUCACUGAUGUUGUACGACAAAAUUGGAAUCGAAACAUAGGCCAUACUCUCGUACAUAAAUAAAAUG